UAAAAUGAUGAUUCAUAUUCAACGUUUAAUUUUGACUAUUGAAACUCGAGCUCAUAAAGGACUUCUUCGAAUUGCAAUAAAUGGACUUAAAGAUGAUGAUGGGAAGCCAAUAACUGAAGGACAGAGAAUUGGCAGUCAACAUAAAGCUUUGGACACUUUGAUUUGGAUUUUAGAGGAAUGGAAGUCUAAUGUGCACUCUUCUGAGCUUCAAAAGCUUACACGAAACGCUAUCGAUCUCUUCUCUGAUUUGUUGUUAGACUCAAUUCCUUCUAUUUUACAAAGUGCUUAUGUCAAUUCGUCUUCACGAACAAUUUCUCAUAAAUGGACUAUUCUUUUAUGUGACUUUAUUCAGAUAAUUCAGUGGCCACCAGCUGGACUUUCCUUAAACAAAGCUUUUCAAUUCAUGAACACUUUAUUUGUUGGAUUAACUAAAUUAUUGGAGGAAUUAUUUAAAGUUCAGCGUGCCAGUUCUCUGCAUUGGCUUUUUGUUCUAAUUGGUUGUGUUGUUGAGUUGGCAGAUUCUGCAGAUAAAUUUAUGCUAAAAUGCGUUGAAGUGUUGACACUUAUUGGUCGAUGUUGGUCUAAACAAUGGACAAAUAGUUUACACAGCAAAUUAUCGAGAGAAUAUGGACUUUCUGGAUUUAUUUUUGAUGAGGUUUUGAUUGAGAUUUUGUUUUAUUUUUUUUUCAAUUUUAGACAAUGUUCGAUUUUCCUGUAA